GAGCCCGAGCCCGAGCGGAACCCGAGGCGCGGCCGCCACCGCCAUGCGCUGGGUGCGGGCGCUGCUGAAGAACGCCUCCCUGGCAGGGGCGCCCAAGUACAUCGAGCACUUCAGCAAGUUCUCCCCGUCCCCGUUGUCCAUGAAGCAGUUUCUCGACUUCGGGUCCAGUAAUGCCUGUGAGAAAACCUCCUUCACCUUCCUCAGGCAGGAGCUGCCCGUGCGCCUGGCCAACAUCAUGAAGGAGAUCAACCUGCUUCCCGACCGGGUGCUGAGCACACCCUCGGUGCAGCUGGUCCAGAGCUGGUAUGUGCAGAGUCUCUUAGACAUUAUGGACUUCCUGGACAAGGACCCUGAGGACCACCGCACCCUCAGCCAGUUCACAGAUGCCCUGGUCACCAUCCGGAACCGUCACAACGACGUGGUGCCCACCAUGGCACAGGGGGUGCUGGAAUACAAGGACGCGUACGGCGAUGACCCCGUCUCCAACCAGAACAUCCAGUACUUCCUGGACCGCUUCUACCUCAGCCGGAUCUCCAUCCGCAUGCUCAUCAACCAGCACACCCUGAUCUUCGAAGGCAGCACCAACCCAGCGCACCCCAAACACAUCGGCAGCAUCGACCCCAACUGCAACGUCUCUGAUGUGGUGAAGGAUGCCUACGACAUGGCCAAGCUCCUGUGCGACAAGUAUUACAUGGCCUCACCUGACCUGGAGAUCCAGGAGAUCAAUGCAUCCAAGCCCAAACAGCCCAUCCACAUGGUCUACGUCCCCUCCCACCUCUACCACAUGCUUUUUGAGCUCUUUAAGAAUGCCAUGCGAGCCACCGUGGAAAGUCACGAGUCCAGCCUGGUUCUGCCCCCCAUCAAGGUCAUGUUGGCCUUAGGAGAGGAAGAUCUGUCCAUCAAAAUGAGUGACCGAGGCGGGGGUGUCCCGUUGAGGAAGAUUGAGCAACUCUUCAGCUACAUGUACUCCACAGCACCCACCCCCCAGCCCGGCACCGGGGGGACCCCAUUGGCUGGCUUUGGUUACGGACUCCCUAUUUCCCGCCUCUACGCCAAGUAUUUCCAGGGGGAUCUGCAGCUCUUUUCCAUGGAGGGCUUUGGGACCGACGCUGUUAUCUAUCUCAAGGCCCUGUCCACAGACUCGGUGGAGCGCCUGCCCGUCUACAACAAGUCAGCCUGGCGCCACUACCAGAUCAUCCAGGAGGCUGGCGACUGGUGUGUGCCCAGCACGGAGCCCAAGAACACAUCCACCUACCGUGUCAGCUAGGGGCACCGUCAGUGACACCUGGGAGGAUGGACUGCCGCCUCGGGCCGGUCACCACGGUGACCGUCCCCAUCCCGCAAGGUCUGGGGCGGGGGGUCUCCCUAAUGACCAGGUGCUGUCUGUAUGGAAUCACUGCAGUGAUCAGUGUGUGUGGCCCCCUAAGUGCCAAUCUCUGUCUCCAUGGAGACCCCUAGCGGGCCUCCCUGGUGUCCAAUCUCUGUGGGUAAAGCCUAAGAGUAGGGGGACAGCUCCACCCUGAAGGGGGGAGUCCCAGAGAUACUGUUCAUGGCCGUCCUCUCCAAGGCCCAGCUGUCACUUUUUGCCAGGGGUCCUGGACCCCCUCACUGCCCUCCUUUCACACGGAUGCCCCUGCUUGCCUUAUCCCCCAGCCUUGGAUCUGGCCUGCAGUCAGUGUUAGGAAGGUUGUGGGUGCCCCCAGAUCUGCAGUAGAGGGGAGAGAAGGGGGGAGUCCCGGGGGGCCCCCCUGUGAGGGCCUGACAAGGAGCAGUCUGGGAGCUAGAGAAGUGCCCACCCAGCCGAGCUCAAGCCCUGCAGGCGCUCAGUAGUGAGCUCUCCCUCCCCAGCCCUCCCGGCAUGUCCUCAUGCACACACCACCGCUGCCCCCGGUCCUGCCUGUGCCCCCACCCCAGCUCCGCCAUCCCCAGCUGCCCAAGGGCCUGGGGUGGCUUCCCUUCUAGAAUGCUCUGUGUACAUAGCUAGUUUGGUAGCCCCUUCCCCGCACACGGGGUUAGAAUAUGUACUCCUUACCGCCCCCCUGGCACGGUGGGACCGUGACCCCCACAGUAAAGACAUCAGGAAUGAG